GAAAAUCCUUUGACAGUCAAGAUUUUCUGUAGUCUUUCCACAAAUGUAGCUCAAACUUUAACACUCACUUUAUUACUUUAGGUCUUUUUUGCCAUAUGAAAUUAUUUACCAUCAUCCCUUGAGUUGCAGGGGGAAACAGUCCAAGCAGAGCCGGCCCUCCUCUCCACUAUACCCCAAGUUCUGCUGGAGGAACCCCAGCCGCCCCCACGCCAAACCUCCUUCACUAGGCCUGACCUUUACCCAUAAAUCGGUUUUUGACCACUGCAUGAAUUCAGCUAAUUGACUCAGUUCAAACAGUUUCUAUGUACAUUAAGAAAUUGAAACAAAGCCCCUGAAAACAGUUAAAAUCUUCAUGGCCUUACAGAGUUAUCCUUGUUCUGCUGAGCAGCAUCCACCCACUCUGAACAAAGAAAAAGGACUUCAAAACAUGUUUUUUGUGAGAAUCAGUGGAAACAUCGUCUUUGUUUUGAUUUGUAGAGCAGCAGAACCUCAGGGCUCCUCCAUCUCCUGCUGCAGGUAUAAAUGUUCAGGGGCGAGGUGAAGGCGGCCUCUUCCUCUGAAACAGCAGCAGACUCAUCUCAGAGUUUCUCCCUCGAAGAAUCUCAAAGAAGGAAGACUGAGGCAAGCAGGAGCUGUGCACGCCGCAACGCAGAAUGGAAGAAAUCAUGUGGCAGAAGCAGAAAAGGCCGUCAGUGCUUCGUCAGGUUUCCCAAACAGCUCCCAGACUGCAGCGAGGAAAUGCAGAGAGCAGGGCAGCCAUCCCUGUGUGCAAAGAAGAAGCAGAGACUAAUCUUUCUCCCUCGCCAGCUUCACCAAGAUCAAACCUGCAUCUCCUUCCUCUGACAGAAACCGAUCCAAAACCUUCUUCAGUGGAGGCCAGGCUUCAUGAUGGGCAUCUCCAUUCUGACCACAGACACGAUGACAGAGGCAUUGCCCAGUUUAGGGUCCAGCAGGAUAUUGUUCAGUACAUGGAGCGUCAGCUUGCUCUGGAAAAGCAGAAACUUGUUGCAAUGCAGCUUCAUCUGUCUGAGCACAAAUACUCAGAACUGAGGGCAGCCUCAGGAGGGCCAUACAGCCUUCCUCUUUUUCUACACCAGCCUAACGGAGCCAAUGAAGGAAGGACUCAUCAUAGGGAUGUCAAACAACUGGAAGAGUUAGCCCAACAUGGCUUUGCCAUUGCCAGUUCUUCUCAUCUUCAGCCAGAUUUGGUCCCAAGUCUUGAUUUCUACAAGUACAACAACAUCAGGCCUCCGUACACCUAUGCAUACUUGAUAAGAUGGUCCAUCCUUGAGGCUCCAGACAAACAGCGCACUCUGAAUGACAUCUACAACUGGUUCACCAGUAUGUUCUUCUACUUCAGACAUAACUCAGCCACUUGGAAGAAUGCAGUGCGGCAUAACCUGAGCCUUCAUAAGUGCUUUGUGCGAGUGGAGGGAGGGAAGGGAGCGGUGUGGACGGUGGAUGAACGAGAAUACCAGAGGAGGAAAGGGCAGAAAUAUCACAGGGACUGUCCCAGCAGAUGGCUCCCACCCUUCACUCAUUACUAUCCAGAGAGGCCAUGAACGCCAGCAGUGUCUGCUUCACGUCACAUCCACACCGGCGGGUUCCCUCGUUCCGAGGAAGGAAAGUUGUCAAAAAGACAUUUAUAGAAUGAAAAACCUGCAGCCCAAAAUACUGACUCUUGCCUUUCUCACACUUUUCUGUCUCUGCUCAUACAACAACAGUAACUACUGCAGAUUCAUCAUGGCUGUUUUUGAUGGUAUUUAAAUCAUUCUAAAUAAUGCUGGAGUUUUUCCUCUGUUAAAAGAUUAAUUCGUUUAAGACAUUUCUGUUGGAAUUUUUAAAAGAAGUAAAAUAAAAACUGUUCAAAUAGCCUUUUAUAUUUUGGUUUAAAAAAAAUACUACCUGUAAAAAACAAUUCAAUGUAUUUGAAUAUUUGAGUGCUGGACACAUUCUAGUAUUCAUGUUGGGCAGUUCUGUAGUGAAGUUUCUUUUGCAUAAGUUUGGUCUGAAAUCACAAUUUCAGGCCUCCUUUUUCCACAGUUCUGUGUUGUCUGUGGAGGAAAGUGGAGAGGAGAGGCCCAAAAACCUCCCACGGACACAGUCUGCCAGUGUAGCUUUGUUCUGUGCCCUCGUUUUUCUGUUGGCUGUGGCUUCUCACGGAGGUUACCGCCCACUCACCUGUGGUUCUCCAUGGUGUGGCACACAGCUGCCUGCACGUAGCUCCAUUUGUUUCAGCAGUGUUUCUUGUUGCGUCUGAACUCCCUCACUACUCGCUACUUAGUGCUCUAGAUGGGGCGUUUACCGUUCUGUUGGGGUUUCCAAAUCUGCAAUUCCAAUAUCCAGUGCCCCAGAAAUUAUUUUGUGAAAAACCCAGUGUGCACUGAAGCUUGCUGAAUAUAGACCAUAAUGCAUUGCUUUUGAACACGUUGUCAUUGUAAAAAAAUGUAUGUGAAUUUAUUUUUUAUAAAUCACCUAAGUUUUCACCAUCAGAACACA